CUGUUGCUGUUGUUUCUCUUAACUUUGCUCUAACGAGUUUCCUAAGCAAAGGAUUGGCAGUCAGACAAACUGUGGUAUAAGUAAAAUGUUUCAUCCUAAAUAUAUUGCCUCUUCCAAUGGUAAUACAUUUGAAGUCACUCAGUCGAAAGUGUCUUAAGAUAUACAGCUGGUCACAAUGAAAAUGUAAAGUUAAUAUUCUCUGAGUCAUCAGAUGUUUCUUUUUAAUGCCCAUAAGGACAAUUUUGGACUUCACAUCCUUUUUCCCAGCUCAAACUUAGAGAGUUUAACCCCAGAGUCAACACAGUUAGUUUGGGUGUUUGGUUUAGGUGCCACUCUGAAAUCUCCACCAUGGCUACUGGUGAAAGCAUGUCACAUGACACAUGGUGCCAGACUUCAGUGUUUCACUCUUAAGAGGCCUGCCAGCUGCAGGGAGGUGGCAGAGAGGCUCUCUUCUUCUCCUGAUUCACAUCCAUGCCAAACAAGCGGGUCAACAUUGUCCUCCAAGCUGCCUCCUAUGCCUCUUACACCUCCAGCUGAGCCGGACCCGGAACCAAAGAUGAACUGGGCAUCAUUUUAUGCUGUCAUCAGCGGUGUGAACAGACACUCCACAGGAAUCGGUCGCAUCUGGCUCUCCGUCCUCUUCAUUUUCAGAAUACUGGUGCUGGUGGUGGCAGCAGAGAGUGUGUGGGGUGACGAGAAGUCCGGCUUCACCUGCAACACCCAGCAGCCAGGAUGCAACAGUGUCUGCUAUGACCACUUCUUCCCCAUCUCCCACAUCCGCCUGUGGGCCCUCCAGCUCAUUCUGGUCUCCACUCCGGCCCUGCUGGUUGCCAUGCAUGUGGCCCACCGGCGCCAUGUCGACAAAAGGCUCUACAAACUGUCAGGCCGGACCAACCCCAAAGACCUGGAACAGAUAAAGACCCAGAAGAUGAAAAUCACAGGAGCUUUGUGGUGGACAUACGUCAUCAGUCUGGUGUUCCGCUUGGUCUUUGAAGUCACCUUUAUGUAUUUGUUUUAUAUGAUCUACCCCGGGUACAAGAUGAUCCGGCUGGUGAAGUGUGACUCGUACCCCUGUCCAAACACAGUGGACUGCUUCGUGUCAAGGCCCACAGAGAAGACGGUCUUCACCGUGUUCAUGCUGGCCGUCUCAGGGGUCUGUAUUCUGCUCAACAUUGCAGAGGUGGUCUUCUUGGUGGGGAAGGCCUGCAGUAAGCAUCUGAACAAUGCAGGUGACUCGACUAUAGGGGCUUGGAUCCAACAAAAACUCUGCUUGUAUUAACAAAAAGCCCAGAUUGAAUACCUGCAAGAAGGAACAUAAAAGUGACCUUAAGUCCUGGCUAACAGCCAUUAAUGUUACCAUGAUGUAAGGUGCAAAUAUAAAAGUGUACAGCAUUAUUGGUUUAUGAUCCCAUUUAUUUUUGGUUGAUGAUCACCUUGGCUGGGGGAAGUAGUCAGACAACAAGUUUCAGACACUCUUGCAAUACAUAAAGGGUUCUAUCAGACUAGACAUAAUGCUUCAGUGAUUUUCUACAGAAAUAGCAAAAAACUACAACUGAACAAAAAACUACAGCAGCGCUUUCUACUGACAUGAUGCAAUAGAUGGAUUUUAGAAAACAAGAACACAUUUAGUGAAACAGUAUUUCAACUGAGAACAUAGUUCGUAAGACAAUAUGGUGACACUUUUUAAUUUAUAAUUUUUUUUUAUAUAAUUGAGUUAGUUAUUAUAGGAUCUUGAGAAAACUUGAUAAUCAUAGAAAACAUCUUGAGUAGACAUCAGGUGUGACAUGAACAUGUAUGUAUAGAUGGAGUCUUUGAGUGACUACAGUUGUGACUGAUAUAAGCUGAAAAUAUCAAACAAUGAUAACAUUACAAGUCUUUACUUCUAACAUUUAAAUGGGCACCUUAUGAGUAUAGCAGAAGGGCUGAAACAGAAACAUUUCAGUCAAGCUUUCUCUCUUUCUCUAACUUUUUACAAAAGUAUUAAUUGCAUUAAUGGCUUUUUAUGACACCUGUAUUUUAGGCUUCAAUGUUAUGGACUCAUUUUUACUUUUGGUCUUAUAUUAUUCACAUCAAACUUGAAAAUCAGCCUGAACUGAACUUAAAAGACUGUGGUUUUCCGUAUUUUCUUCAGCUUAUUAUUCAAUUUUAAACUGAGAUGUUACAUUUGAUGAAUGUCAGAUCACAAAAUGUUUGUUUAAUAGUCUUUAUUUAUUUUGAUCUACAAGAGAACUUGAAUUGCAAACUUGUUUCCCCUCAAUUGUUACUGGGGCUUAACAUGUUAUUUAAAUUAUUUUGAUUUUGCUGGAUAUAUUGUACACAGCAGAAUAAAAUCUCCAGAGUCUG